AUGGUCGCCCAUUGGCUCGGGUUACGCUCGGAUGAUGUGUGCGCCGAGCCCUGCCUAGUGCAGCUGAGCACACUGAGUGGAUUUUUCCAGCGAGAGGAGAAAGUAGUCUUCCACCACCACCAGAUCAGACCCCAGCCACGGCCCUCGGCCUUCUUCCUGCCCGCUUCCCCUGGCCUCCCCUGGCCUGGGUCCAGCUGCUUCAUGUGGGCUGGGGAGUGGGGAGAGUUGGGGCAGGUUGGAGGUGGUGGGGUGGAGGCCCCCACCCCUGGUCCUCUUCUGAAGACACUUGUUCUCCUGUGGGGUGGAGGGUGAGGAGGGUGUGUUGGUGUUGGCAGCCAGGGUGGGAUAGCGUAGUAGGGGGGUAGACGAGGGGGGGUAGGUGCCCCCUUGGGAGAAAUAGGAAUGAAAGCGCUGGAGCACUUUCACACGGCCCCUCGUUUUCAGCUGAAUUCCUGUAUGCACCUGCAAGAUGUUUUUGCUCUACUAUUUUUAGAGUAAAUGUUGUAAGUUUUUUCUGAAGACCGCAAUGAUUAAACGCCCUGAAGUGAAAGAUGCCAUUAUAAUUGAGGUUAGGGGGAAUAACGAUGUUUGGUGUUGGGGAGAGAAGAUGGCUGCUAGUCUAACGUUCACCCUCAGGCUAUGUCUGGGUCUUACUGACCUCCUAAUGAAGUGGGCUGGGAGGAGGAUGGUCUCACUUUCUCUAUAACACAGGCAACGCCCUGCCCUGAAAAAGAAACAACUAGCUUGGGAUAAGUACAAGGACCCUGUGUGUGUGUGUGAUUGUGUGUUGGCUUGUGUGUGUGUGUGCCUUCGUGUACGUGCACCUGUGUGUGCGUGCAACUGUGUGUGUGUAUGCAGUGGCGGCUCCUGAAAAAAUUCUCAGGGGGGGCAAUUUUUCUGAUGAUUUAGGUGACCUACACACAUUUUAAAAAAGAUAUGUCCAGCAACAACAUGAAGACAGGGGCAGCAUAUAAGUCAAUACCAGAAGCAUUUAUUGACUGAUCUCAAAAGUGUUGGCUUACCAGGGUUGGUGGAGCCCUCAGUUUCAUCUUUGCCUCGCAAAGCUAACUCAAACACUCCGCAAAACUUCACACACUGGAUUAGCCGGCUGAGGAUGUGGCGGUUCUUGCUAAUGUCGUAGUAAAUAUAUUUGUUAUAGUGAAUAUGGAAUAUGAUAUGUUGAGUAAAAUGUUGUGCUAAGAUCUAUUUAGGUCAGGAGCUGGUUAUAAGUUCUGUUCCUAUCCAAUAAAAAUGGACAAAAGGGUCCUAUCUUGUCAGCCUUGUCAGCAGGUGGCCAAGGACAACACCCACGCCAUAGGCCUCUCAGUUCUUCCAACUCACGAGUUCUUGCUCUGAGGACACACACACACACACACACAAACACACACACACACACAUCAUCACUGUUAAACACACACACACACACACACACACACACACACACAUCAUCACUGUUAAACACACACACACACACACAAAAAUCCCCUCUCUUAGGCUGAACAUUUGAAGACAGAGAACCCGACUCAGAGCCAAUGCAACAGUGACAGUAGCCUGGAGGGGACCUCGCCCAACUCAUCAGGACCAAUCAGAAGAUCAGAACUACUAGAUUCAACCUACUUCAUUUAUUGCAUAAAAUGUCUGCACACAAUGUUUCGGGGCUCUCUUCAGAUAAUAAUAAUAAUAAUAAUAAUAAUAAGCCAUUUAGCAGACGCUUUUAUCCAAAGCGACUUACAGUCAUGCGUGCAUACAUUUUUGUGUAUGGGUGGUCCCGGGGAUCGAACCCACUACCUUGGCGUUACAAGCGCCGUGCUCUACCAGCUGAGCUACAGAAAGUGGAUACUCAUGGAUGCGCAUCGCAAUUGUAAAAUGUCAACACAAUUGGAGACACCACGUCAUUUUUGGAGACAUGUUAUUGACAGUAAACUAUUGUAGAUGCGACUGCUAACUAAAUAAAACAUUUUAGCUGGCUAGCUAAUCAUCUUAGCUAAAUGUGGGGCAAACAAUUCAGUUAUUUACCGUUAAUUUGAGGGAUUGGGGUGAAAGAAAUCGAGUUACAUAGUGAUACUUUACGAUAUACUGUAUUGACAAUAUCGCAAUAUUUUAGCGCUAGUUGGCUGUACCUGCACCAAAACACCAUUAUUGUUCCUUCAUAGCUUGUUCUCAAUCUUUUCACAUUGGGAGCCAAUUUGUUUUCAGCACUUUUAUUUCCAUGACUGAUCAAAACUCGUUCUCAUGGCUUUCUGAUCCCUCUGCAACAGACAUAUGGUGCGCAAUAAAAUCACAGUAUCGAAUCGCAAUACGUAUAGAAUCAUGAGACUCGCAAUGCAUAUAUCUUAUCGUGAGGUUCCUGGCAAUUCCCAGUCCAAGUUCAUUUGCCACAACAAAUCUCUUCGCUAGCAAACGCGAUGUCUUCUCCAAAACGGCAAUGUGUCUCCAGCAAUGUUUACUUUUUUGACGUUCUAUGGCAUCUCCACUUUCCAAGCAUAUAUGACCACAUGUAAUAUUUUGGUAAGUGAUGCAAAUAGUGAACUAUGUAGGGCCAGGAUGUAAAAUAUAUGUAGCUGCAGCAAUUUCUCUUAUCUGAUAUGGUAAGUAAUGGGGCUUAAUGUAUAGCUCCCUAAGAGUUUGACGAACGGGUCCGUGCACGCGAUUCCAGAUAUCUUUACCUCUGAAUAAACUGCCUUUAUUAUACCAUAUCCACCCUGUCCAAAGUCUCUACUUGGUCUCAGUUCUCCAGUAAACUUGUGAUUAUCAACACUAACCUCAUCGUUGUGGCGGCGGACAGCUAGCCUGUAUCCCUCAUCCAGUUGAGUGGCAAUGUCUUUUUUCGUUCGUACCAAUUUUUGGAAAAUCCUCGGGUGUAGGACUUUCCGCCUUUAGUAGAAACCUGUUGAAUUAUUAAAUUUGGUCUGGGAGGUCCUAAUUGUUUCGUUGCCAAUUUAUCUUCAUUUGUUCGCCGACAAAAAGGAACUUCUUUCAAAGACACAAUCGAGUUGUUACGUUCAUGGUUACGUUACGUAUGACGAAAGCGCGUAAGUGCAAGCCCUCAGACACCCAUAGAGAUUGUAUUGAAAGCUCUGAAAUUUGAAAAAAAUAGAUUUUACAUGGGAGUCUAUGACAGACUUCUGGGCGAUUUUCAACCUGACUGAAAUCGCCCCAAAAGGGGGGGUGGCCAUUUGAAGCAAUUGGACAUUUAGUGGCAGUGUGGCACUGUGGCAGAUCAGACGUCUAGAUUACAACACUGAUAACUACUGUUGCCGUGAUAUAAUUGAUUAGAAAAAAAAUCCCUUCCUUUUCCCGUUUGGCAGUGCGUCGCCCAUAUCGCCCUAUUGAACAGGCCGCCCCUGUGUGUAUGUAUGUGUGUGUGUGUAUGUGCGUUCACAACAGACCCAGGUGUGCUGGGCUCCUCAGCCAGAGAGCGAGCAGCCUGUCUGUGAUUAGGCUGAUUGUAAUGGAGGGUUGGCCUGAGGACAGACAGGAGGUAGUCUGCUGUUAGAGCCAGUUUACUGGUCAGAUGGAGAGAAGCCUGGAGCUGGAGGAAAGGAAGGAAGGAAGCCUAGCUAGGACAAAGAAAGGCUUCAUGCAUUAUCCUAGAAAACAUAAGGCAUUUUAAGGCCCAUUUUUUAUACAAAAUGGGAUAAAAGUAGCCAUAAAAGAGUAACACAAUCUGACUAUAGGAGUAGUAUAGGAUAGGAGUGCUAGGAUCUGAUCCCACUAGGACACAAAAUGACUAUAGGAGUAGGAUAGGAUAGGAGUGGAUGAUCUGAUCCCACUAGGACACAAACUGACUAUAGGAGUAGGAUAGGAUAGGAGGGGAGGAUCUGAUCCCACUAGAACACAAAAUGACUAUAGGAGUAGGAUAGGAGUGCUAGGAUCUGAUCCCACUAGGACACAAAAUGACUAUAGGAGUAGGAUAGGAUAGGAGUGGAGGAUCUGAUCCCAUUAGGACACAAACUGACUAUAGGAGUAGGAUAGGAUAGGAGUGGAGGAUCUGAUCCCACUAGAACACAAAAUGACUAUAGGAGUAGGAUAUGAUAGGAGUGGAGGAUCUGAUCCCACUAGGACACAAAUUGACUAUAGGAGUAGGAUAGGAUAGGAGUGGAGGAUCUUGAUCCCACUAGGACACAAAAUGAUUAUAGGAGUAGUAUAGGAUAGGAGUGCUAGGAUCUGAUCCCACUAGGACACAAACUGACUAUAGGAGUAGGAUAGGAUAGGAGUGGAGGAUCUGAUCCCACUAGAACACAAACUGACUAUAGGAGUAGGAUAGGAUAGGAGUGGAGGAUCUGAUCCCACUAGGACACAAACUGACUAUAGGAGUAGGAUAGGAUAGGAGUGGAGGAUCUGAUCCCACUAGGACAAACUGACUAUAGGAGUAGGAUAGGAUAGGAGUGGAGGAUCUGAUCCCACUGGGUUAUAAUCAGUGUUGAGUCAAUAAGAGUAGGUUUAUAUCAUGCGGAAACCUCUUGCAAUUGGUUUCCGCUCUCUUCUGCUGCAGUAACACGCCACCCUAUCAGACAGCCCAUAUCCAGUGUAGCGUCAAGUACUUUCACAUUUGUUAAUUCUACCACACAUCACUCAAACGACUGUCAUCAAAUUAUCGAGUGCUUUUCUGUGUUGACUGGUGUGGCUGCGGUUAAGUGGUCAUUUUGGGGGCGUUGGCAUCUGGGGCCCCUUGGGUCAGUGGUUUUCACUCUCAAGGUCAGACACUGCAGUACGAGGCGGCCAUUUUGGUUCUAGAGAUGCCUUGGGCGUGUGGCGUGCGUCGGCGAAGCUCGCGUCCGGCCCGCUCCCUCGUUUUUGGGCGGUCGACUCACGUUACGCCGCCUUUCUGAGAACACCCCGUGUGGGUUUUUCUUGGCCAGCUUUGCCAAGAGUCUGUCAGUAAGAGAUACAGCCUAGAGAGAGUAGAGGAGACAGUAAAGGCGUAGGGCGUUGACCCUGUGAUAUUUAGGUCAGGGUGUCAUGCUGUCAGGCCCUGUAUGUGUGUAGUCCAUGUCGUGACAGGUUUGGGACCGACACUGUAAUAGCUAACCAGCCUGCCAAUAAACUGGACAUAGAUUAGGCCAAGUCAUUUGUAAGCCUAUGACCUCAACAUACAUCAAGAUACGAUCUGGACUUAACUGUUGAUUGAAGUGUACAUCAAGAUAAUAUCUCUCCUUAAAGAUGCGCUAUGCAGAAAUUGCUCCGCUAUUUCCUGGUUCCAAAAAUUCUAUAGGUUCGACUAAUUUCAGUUUAUGUGACAAAAUAAGCAAGUAUAGUGUAGAGAAUCAUUGUACCAUCUAAACCGCUGUGAAAUAUAUUUUCCAUAACCAAAAAUAUUGUAUUUUCACCUGUUUGAAGCUGGUGUACAAAAACGAAAGUAAAAGACGCAAAAACAAAAAUUAAAAACGGGAAGCAUAGAAAUAGCGCACAUAGAACAGAUCUACCGCUUCUUAGACUUGCUUUCAAUGAGAAUGACAGAUCUAUAACUCACAUUUCUAUGUGAAUUCUGUCAGGUCACCCAACAAGUAACGUAUUGCAGCUUUAACUGUUGAUUGAAACAUGCAUUAAGAUAACAUAUCUCCUUAACUGUUGAUUGAAACAUGCAUCAAGAUAAUAUCUCUCCUUAAAUGUUGAUUUCAUGUUUUAUGGUGGUGGAGUAUCAUCUCUAGCAUAUUGCCCGAGCCUCGUUCAUUCAUCCUUCUGUCCCUUCAUCCCUAGCUGGUCAGAAAUGGUCAGCUUGUAUUCCUCCUCCUCCUCCUCCUCCUCCUCCUCCUCCUCCUCCUCUCCUCCCCUCCUCCUCUCCUCCCCCCAUUGUGAGACCAAGGCCCACACAUUAUUGAUGUUUGACUACCCUUUUCAAUUUGCAGUUUACAAUUAAUUUCGGGUGCUCGUUAGCACGACCGUUUCCUCAUGAGCUGACGUAAAAGGCCACGGUUGCGUCCCAAAAUGGCACCAUAUUCCCUAGAUAGUGCACUACUUUUUCAGAGCCCAUAAUGCACGUAGCCCAUCUCUUUGGCUCUCCUGCUACCAGAGGCAGCGACCAACACAAGCAUAUUGUCCGCUCUCUCUCUCUCUCUCUCUCUCUCUCUCUCUCUCUCUCUCUCUCUCUCUCUCUCUCUCUCUCUCUCUCUCUCUCUCUCUCUCUCUCUCUCUCUCUCUCUCUCUCUCUCUCUCCUCUGUACAAUGACAUAAUGUGACAGAAAGCACACUCACACACUGCGGCUGUCGGGGCUUAUGCAACCCGCGUGGCUGUGUUGUUUGGACAGGCCAUUAAACCUGCAGAAGGAGUGUGUGUUUGUGUGUGUGUGUGACCUGCACUCGACCCUCGCCGCUCUCUCAACACACUCCGUCCACAAGCUAGAGUGUGUGUGAGGAUGUAUGGAGAAGAGAGAGAGGAUGUAUGGUUGUGUGUGUGUGUGUGUGUGUUGUAUGUGUGUUGGUGUGUGAUGAGAACAGUUGGGGAAGCUGGGUGUUAUAGAGUGUAGGACGUUCACCGUUCAAUGUAGAGAAAAAUGGAGCGAAUUCAAGAGGGUGCUACAAAAUGAAUGUCAAAACCUAGUUUUCUUUGCCCUAUGUCAUUAUAAAUUACAUAGAAUGAACCGUUAGAUUGUUCUCUACAAUAUUAUAACCUUAGUAUACUUGUUCUUGACAGUGUUGAUGAAAUAAGAACGUUAAUUUCCUGGGAUAGUUACAAGUUUAGACUGCGCCGCUCUUGGUUGUAUCGCUUCCAUAUUUGGUGUUGUGAGGUGGUACCAUUUGGAGGCGUUUCCGUUGGUUGGACCAAUCAAAAUCAACUUGGUACCUUUGUCAUUUUCACCUCCAGAUCCUUGGCUUUCAUUGUGUAUUUUGGCGAUCAAUCGACGUUGAGAGGGGUCGUUUCUAUGGUGAUUUAAAGGGAAAGACUCUUUGUAAAUAAAUAUCUAUUUAAUUUUGUAUUCAGCGGAUUUCAUUUAGAAAAAGCCCAGGUUUUCACUCACGAACCUGUAGCCACUAGUUAGUUUGUCAGUUGACGUUUGAAGUUAGCGCCGUUCUGCCGCGGAGCAGCGCCACAGAGUUCUAUUGAGCAGUGACCCCUUUUUGAUCAUGCCUGUGAAGACAUUCCAUUCACUCUAAACAUGCUACAUUCUCAGAGUAAAUCGUCUGGAACGUUUGAACCACAUAUGGUAGAGACAUGGGGUUUGGACUAUUGUUUUUCUGACGGAAUUCUCUAUUUGUAUAAACCUUGAAUGAAUUCAUCCUUUUAUGGGUGAACACCCUAUGGAGUGCUGACAGAAUAUGAGACUCUACCUUUUGUCAUGUAUAUAGGAAGGGUUUGCAUUGCAAAUGCGCUAGGAUGUAAUUUCUCCGCUCCGGAUUUGACAGUGGUUGCAACCAGGAUGUGUAUGCUCCCAGCAUGUUUUACUUUGACAUUACCCCCCCCCCCCCCCCCCCCCACCACCACCACACCCCGCCCGAUAAGCGUUGUGGUUGAGUUCCACAUGAAAAAAUGACACGAAAACCAACAGAACAGUCACCUGAUUAGGAUCGCUCUCUAGCGAACCUCUGCCAUCUACUUCCCCUUCCCGUCUCCUCUCAGUCUCUGUGUGCAUUUGUGCUGCGAGUGUUUCUACCACAGAAAUGACUUCAAAAUAAUCUCUCUAGUUCACCUGUGUUGACCCUGCAGUGUAGGAGUCUUUCCUGUACAUGUUGCUGACUCAACUCACUCCCUCACCACUCUCCACUCUGGUUGUUUGUGUUACAGACGUGCCAAACUACGGCUGUACCUUGAGCAGCUGAAGGAGCUGGUGCCUUUGGGUCCGGACAGCACUAGACACACCACACUGAGCCUGCUGAAAAGGGCCAAGAUGCACAUCAAGGUACCACGACCACGACCACAUAGAACCACAACCACAACCAGAAUCACACAGAACGUUAAAUACAGCCUUCUAGAAUUCUAGAAUUGCCGUAUCAGGACAUCAGUGUAGAAGUACAAUUACUAGAAUGAACAAAAUAUUAUGGAGCCAAACUUGGUGGCCUUUUGAAAGAUCAUUCUAUCGUUUGUAAUUCUACGGGCCACAGACAGAAUCUUACCCUGUAAUUCCAGAGCAACGGAAACUGAAAGUUGUUGAACUUCAAAUCACAAAACCACAGGCCUUUGAAAGGGUGAACUGUAGUCAUAAUAAGUCAAAAUUAUGCCACUGGGCCCAGUCGGACUCCAGAGGUGAAUAAAUUAUUGCAUCGGACCUUUUCCUUUUCUUUUCAAAGGACCCCAGAGAGUUACCCAUUGGCAGACAGACAGACAGACAGGAAGUAGGUCAGGAAUGUCUCCCUGUCCUCAGGAAGUACCUCCUGAUCCUACCUCAGAGGCUCAGAGCUCAGCUGCUGUUUCCUCAGAGAGUCUCCCUGCACCGCCAGGCACUUACUCUCUCUCUCUCUCUACAUCUCUCUUUUUAAGUCUCUCUCUAUCUCUCUCUCUCUACAUCUCUCUUUUUAAGUCUCUCUCUAUCGCUCUCUCUACAUCUCCCCUCUGUCUCCUGUCUCCUGAGUGGCGCAGUGGUCUAAGGCACUGCAUUGCAGUGCUAACUGUGCCACUAGAGAUCCUGGUUCGAAUCCAGGCUCUGUCGCAGCCGGCCGCGACCGGGAGACUCAUGGGCGGCGCACAAUUGGCCCAGGGUAGGGGAGGGAAUGGCCGGCAGGGAUGUAGCUCAGUUGAUAGAGCAUGGCGUUUGCAACGCCAGGGUUGUGGAUUCGAUUCCCACGGGGGGCCAGUAUAAAAAAAAAUAUAUAUGUAUUCACUAACUGUAAGUCGCUCUGGAUAAGAGCGUCUGGUAAAUGUAAAAUCUCUCUUUUUAAAUCUCUCUCUCUACAUCUCUCUUUUUAAAUCUCUCUCUCUCUCUCUCUCUCUCUCUCUGUCGCUCGCUCUCCUAACAUAAGAAAAUAUACUCUAAUCUUUCAAUCAGAGCCGUUAAGCCCUAAAAAAAUGGCUAGCGUGCAAGAAGUUGCAUUCCCAUUCCCAGGAAAGAAAAAAAGAGCCCUUGCUUGUUACAAAAAGAGUCAACAAAGAGAAACUUUUACUACAUAGAAAAAAAGAUGGAGUCAGAUGGGGAUGAUUUUCAGAUAUGCGGUCGAAUGUUAUAAUUGGAUUUGGGGUUGGCUUUGGGUCAGCCUCCUCUACGGUUCAUUACUUGUUGCAGCUCAUGUACACCCAAGUGACAACCCACUGGGCAAAAACUGAUUGAAUCAACGCUGUUUCAACGUCAUUUCAACAAAAACAUUGUGAUGACAUUGAAUCAACGUGGAAAACUGACUGGAUUUGAAAAAAGUAAUCAGCUUAAGGGAAAUGUGUCUUUUAACCUCAAUCCAAUGACAUGGUGAAAUGUUUUGUUGAUUUCACGUUGAAUUCACGUUAGUUGACAACUCAACCAAAUAUAUACCAAAACUAGAUGUUGAAAUAACGGUGGGAAGCGAAAUACGGUCGGAAAACAGGACCGCAGAAGGACCGUUACAAAGAGAAGGGGAUACUCUUUUUUGAACCACUACAAAACCGCAACCAGUACAACAUUGUUUACUUCCUGCAUUAAAGGUACAAUCUGCAAUUACAGCAGAUUGAGUCUUAAAGAAUAUAACUUCAUCGAUGAAUUUGGGAUCGGUUACAUUUCUCUAACCAGGUCCCUCAACUUUAUAUCAAACCAAGUGGCAGGGCUGACCUUUAGUUGCAAAACGAAUUACAGUUUGUGCCUUUACCGUUGCGAUGCAGUAGACUUUAGAUGGUUACAGUCUAGUUAUCCACAGCUGUUGCACGGACUGUGUGGGUGAGACCGUGUGGUCGGUGGAAAAACCCUAUUUUAACCCUUCACAUCCUGUUUACGGUACAUAGGCCUGUCCUCUGGUGUACUGGUGCUAUAAUAUCUACGGUUUUAGUUUGGUUAGUAGGCCACUCUAAAAGCACGCGAUUACAGCACUUGGUUCGGUUUUCUUGUUCUUCCCCUGUUUAAAAAUCCCUUGGUUGUAAUUGUGUUGCAAUCUGGGGAGUGUGUGAGUAAUAUCUGCCGUUGGGUCAGCUGAAGUCAUGUUGUUCCUAUGGUUUCACUUCCUUAUUGUGAUCACUAAUGACUCUACGUGAGAACAUACACGUGAAGGUAUUGCUCAACUCCAAGCUAUCAGAAGCAAAUCUGUAUGAUCAUAUGAAGAAUGAUUUCAGUUACAUCAAUACCUCAUGAGUGCAAGCACAUAAUUAACUCACAAAUAUUCAGGUUCUUUGUAUUCACAGUGUUUCAUUGUUGUUCCAAAUAAAGACUCCAUCAAGCGUCAGACCUGGGUUCAAAUACUAUUUCAAAUAUCUCAAUUAGUUUCACAUACAUUUGAAAUAAGUAUUCUGAAACGUUUUAUUUGAAAACACAAGUAGUUGAAUAUUUUUGGAAAUACACUUGGAUAGUAUUUUAAAAUACUCAAAAGACACUGACUAAAAUACACUCCAAUGCAUUUAACCCAGGUAUUUGAAAACAGUAUUUGAAAUAAGUAUUUGAAAAUACUGUCAAAUACAAUUUGGUAGACUAUUUGGUUUUUACAAAUAACCAUUCAAAUACUCAAAUAAAAGUACUUGUUUUGGGCUGUGUAUUUGAAAAUACUCAAAUACACAGAAAAAGUAUUUUAAAUACCAGAUACUCAAAUACACAUGUAUUUGAACACAGGUCUAUCAAGUGUAAAAUGUGUGUGUGCCCCAAUAUCAUUGUAAAUGUGUGUGUGUGUCCCAGUGUCAUUCUAAAUGUGUGUGUGUGUGUCCCAAUGUCAUUCAAAAUGUGUGUGUGUUCCAAUGUCAUUCAAAAUGUGUGUGUGUUCCAAUGUCAUUCUAAAUGUGUGUGUGUGUGCCCCAAUGUAAUUCUAAAUGUGUGUGUGUGUGUGUGUGUGUGCCCUGUAGAAGCUGGAGGAGGCAGACAGAAAGGCUCUGAACACCAAAGAGCAGCUCCAGAGAGAGCACCGCUACCUCAAACGACGUCUGGAACAGCUGGUGGUGCCGGGCGGUGUGGAACGCAUCCGAACCGACAGCCUGGGCUCCACCAUCUCCACCGACUCAGAGCAAGGUAUGCUGGGACACACGCAUGACACACGACAUACAAGGUACUCAGAGCAUGGUAUGAUGGGACAUAUGCUUGACACACACGCGCCUCCCUGAAUGCUAUAGUGACCUGUGAAUGUGGUUUUCAUUCAUUCUUUGACCCCCCUUUGAUUUAACAGCUGAUGUGGAUCACUAGAACCAGGUGUGGGGAGUCAAUGACCGUAAAUUAACUAAUUAGUAGUCAAGGGGAGGGGAGAGAGAACUAGCAGCACUGCAGCUCUUGAGUUGAACACUCAGUAUUUUCCAGCACAUAAUUAAUAUUUUCCACAAGAUAUAUAGUAUGUUAAAAACAGGACCAAACAGCACAAAACAGCACCAAACAGUACCAAACAGUACCAAACAGUACCAAACAGCACCAAACAGUACCAAACAGUAUCAAACAGCACCAAACAGUACCAAACAGCACCAAACAGCACCAAACAGUACCAAACAGCACCAAACAGUACCAAACAGUACCAAACAGUACCAAACAGCACCAAACAGUACCAAACAGCACCAAACAGUACCAAACAGUACCAAACAGUAUCAAACAGCACCAAACAGUACCAAACAGCACCAAACAGUACCAAACAGUACCAAACAGCACCAAACAGUACCAAACAGUAUCAAACAGCACCAAACAGUACCAAACAGCACCAAACAGCACCAAACAGUACCAAACAGUACCAAACAGCACCCCCACACACCCCUGCAUUAUCUUAGCCAAUGACAUACAGAUGUAGAAUCUUAAUUUGAGCCAGUUUGCUACAGCAGGAAAAUUUUAAUUAUUAUUUGGACACAAUCCACAGCUUUAGGGCAGGACUCUGCCUGACCUCGACCUCUACUACAUAGAGUGGAUACUGCACUGAAGCCUCCAGGCCCUUGAUACAUCUAACCUAGUUCCCUCUACCAUGCUCUAGUCUAUUGGGAUGCCUCUCCUUCCCUGCCUGUUCUGUAGACAGUGUUGACUUGAUGGACUCCUUUAGUGCUUUCACCUACACCUCAAUCUGUACAGAGCCGGAGAGAACUACUGUCCACUGUAUUGCUCUGUACACACCUGCAAACACACACACACACACACACACACACACACACACACACACACACACACACACACACACACACACACACACACACACACACACACACACACACACACACACACAAACACACACAGAGAACAACUGUCCACUGUAUUGCUCUGUACACAAACUGCCCCUCUCGACCCCUGGUGAAGACCACACACUCCUACUGAGCCUAGCCUGGUUUAGAGGUCACGCCCGGGGGCCAAGGUCUCUGCUGCCACUCUCGCUGUUACUAAACACAGAGGCUGUAGCUACACUGGAGCUAGACUGGAGCUAGACUGAAGCUAGACCGAAGCUGGGCUGGAGCUAGACUGGAACUAGACUGGAGCUAGACUGGAACUAGACUGAAGCUGGGCUGGAGCUAGACUGAAGCUAGACUGAAGCUGGGCUGGAGCUAGACUGGAACUAGACUGGAGCUAGACUGGAACUAGACUGGAACUAGACUGAAGCUGGGCUGGAGCUAGACUGGAACUAGACUGGAGCUGGGCUGGAGCUAGACUGGAGCUAGACUGAAACUAGACUGGAGCUAGACUGGAACUAGACUGGAGCUAGACUGGAACUAGACUGGAGCCGGGCUGGAGCUAGGCUGGAGCUAGACUGAAGCUGGGCUGGAACUAGACUGGAACUAGACUGGAGCUAGACUGGAACUAGACUGAAGCUGGGCUGGAGCUAGACUGAAGCUAGACUGAAGCUGGGCUGGAGCUAGACUGGAACUAGACUGGAGCUAGACUGGAACUAGACUGGAACUAGACUGAAGCUGGGCUGGAGCUAGACUGGAACUAGACUGGAGCUGGGCUGGAGCUAGACUGGAGCUAGACUGAAACUAGACUGGAGCUAGACUGGAACUAGACUGGAGCUAGACUGGAACUAGACUGGAGCUAGACUGGAACUAGACUGGAGCCGGGCUGGAGCUAGGCUGGAGCUAGACUGGAGCUAGACUGAAGCUGGGCUGUACCUAGACUGGAACUAGACUGGAGCUGGGCUGGAGCUGGGCUGGAGCUAGACUGGAGCUAGACUGGAGCUAGAGGGGGCUGGUGCUGGAGCUAGACUGGAGCUAGACUGGAGCUAGGCUGGAGUUAGGCUGGAGCUAGACAAGCUAGACUGGAGCUAGAGGGGGCUGGAGCUAGACUGGAGCUAGACUGGAGCUAGGCUAGAACUAGACUGGAGCUAGACUGGAGCUAGAGGGAGCUGGUGCUGGAGCUAGACUGGAGCUAGGCUGGAACUAGACUGGAGCUAGACUGGAGCUAGGCUGGAGCUAUAAGGGGCUGGUGCAGUUAAGGAUGCAAUGCCUGCUCCUUCUGCGUAUUCCAACUGAAGUUCAUUUAAGCUCACCCCUCAAGGUUUUUGUAUAAAACUCUCAAAAUGACCGUUUAUUGAGCGAGUACAUGCAUCGCUUCUCUCGAAUCAUAUGACCACGUUCCAGCCAUUUUUUUAAAUGGGAACCGAGUUGACCAAGCUCUAUGGUUGCUUGCAGUCCAAUUCUGAUAUUUUUUUUCACAAAUUGGUAUUUUGACCAAUCAGAUCAGCUCUGAAAAAUAUAUGAUGUGAAAAAAUCUGAUGUGAUUGGUCGAAAUACCAAUUAGUGGAAAAAGUGUUUGCAGUAUCUCUCCUACUCGGCUCCUGGAGGCCCCUGGGUAGGAGACGGGUGUUGUUGUUUACUGAUCCUGAGGGUGGUAAACACGUGGGGGAUGUUUAUCAGUAGGGGGAGGGAUUACUGGAGGUAGUACAGUAUACAGAGUUAAUGGCCGUCUAAAUCCAGCCCUAAUCCGCCCGCCGACACACAGGGAUGCUGUUUUGUACCCCUCUCACUCUCUGUCUCUCUCUCUCACACACACACAAUUACACACACCCACACUCCAUCUCUCUCUGUCUCUCUCUCUCACACACACACACACACACACACACACACACACACACACACACACACACACACACACACUCCAUCUCCCUCUCUCUGUUUCUCUAUUUAUCUCUCUCUCCCUCUCUCCCUCCCUCCCUCUCUCUCUCUUUCCAACUCUCUCUCUCUCUGUUUCUUUUUCUAUCUCUCUAAAAGUCCUGUUGUAGUUAUUGAUUUGAUUCAAUGAAGUGUGGAGACUAACAGUAUGUCUAUCUCCCUUUCUCUCUCUCUGUGCAGAGGUGGACAUUGAAGGCAUGGAGUCCCCCCUGGGCGAGGGUGAGCUUGGCGAGGGGGACAGCGUGGACGAGAGCAUCAGCGACGACGGCCUCCUGGACGGCGAAGAGGAGGAGGAGGAGGAGGAGGAGGACUACAACCUGCAGAGCAGCUCCAGCGACGCCAGCUACACACAGCAUUCCUCCCACAGACUGCAGCCGCACCAUUGCUAG